GGCAUUGUUCAUCGUCUCUGACCAGUACCUCUACCGACGCUUUUUCUCUUCUAUUCUUCUUUCCGCCGCUGCCUCACAUCUUUUUACAACAACAAUCAAUGGCUUGAAAGAGGAAGCAAGCGAAUCCAAUGAGGGAGAUUAAGGUUCAGAAACUUGUUCUCAGCAUAUCCGUCGGUGAAAGUGGCGAUCGUCUCACUCAUGCCGCCAAGGUCAUUGCUCUUUUUUUGUGACACGGGAUGCUUUGGGUUUGGUAUUCAGGAACACAUUGAUCUUGGAAUCAAGUAUGACCUUUCAACGGGUAUCUAUGGUAUGGACUUCUUUGUGGUGCUAGAACGCCCUGGCUACCGUGUUGGGCGUCGUCGCAGGUGCAAGGCACGUGUUGGUAUUCAGCAUAGAGUUACAAAGGAUGAUGCAAUGAAGUGGUUCCAGGUCAAAUAUGAGGGAGUAAUUCUUAAUAAAUCCCAACAAAUUGGAGCUUAGCUUAGCCUUCUUUCAUUACAAGUAACCCUUCCCUCUUUUUUGGUCCGUUGAGUUUGCCCUUUUAGGGAGGAGGGAGUCAUUCCCUCCCAACCCACUGAACUCACUGUCACAUCACUUUUUCUUUUUUAUUUUUCUUCAUCUUUCCGAACCCACAACACACGGAAAUCCUAUCUUUUUGAACCCACUCAACCCACUCAAUUAAAAAAAAAUACAAAACAAUCAAAUGUAAAAUCUUAAUUAGCAAUAGAGUUAUCGGCGGUACCACUCCUGCUUCAACGAGUAGGUUGAUUGGUUUCACUAACUCACAUCAUCAUCUCUCUCUACUUUCUCUUUCUUAUUUUCUCUUGUACCAUGUGUUUUAAAACUUGUAUCUUAGUUGUUUUGUAUUUUUUUUUAAUUGAGUGGGUUGAGUGAAUUCAAAAAGAUAGGAUUCCGUGUGUUGUGGGUUCGGAAAGAUGAAGAAAAAUAAAAGAGAAAAAUUAAUGUGGCAGUGGGUUCGGUGGGUUGGGAGGGAACGACUCCUUCCUCCCUUAUUCCCUCCCAACCCACUGAACCCACUGGCACAUCACUUUUUCUCUUUUAUUUUUCUUCAUCUUUCCGAACCCACAACACACGGAAAUCCUAUCUUUUUGAACCCACUCAAUUAAAAAAAAUACAAAACAAUCAAAUGUAAAAUCUUAAUUAGCAAUAGAGUUAUCGGCGGUACCACUCCCGCUUCAACGAGUGGGUUGAUUGGUUUCACUAACUCACUUCAUCAUCUCUCUCUACGUUCUCUUUCUUAUUUUUUCUUGUACCAUGUAUAAAACUUGUACCUUAGUUGUUUUGUAUUUUUUUUAAUUGAGUGGGUUCAAAAAGAUAGGAUUUCCGUGUGUUGUGGGUUCGAAAAGAUGAAGAAAAAUAAAAGAGAAAAAUUGAUGUGAUAGUGGGUUCGGUGGGUUGGGAGGGAACGACUCCCUCCUCCCUUAGCCACCACUUGUGUUGUUUGUUUCUUUCUUUAAACAAGUUUAGGCAGGCCUCCAAAGGAAUAUGUUCGUCUUAUCUAUUUCUCAUUAACCCUUUCAGUAGUAUUUUGUUAUUUCAUCAUGUGUUUUUUUUUUCUUGCAUUGCUAAUAUGUCUUCCUGUUGCAGGGCAAAAUGCAAUUUUUCUUAUUAAGAUACCUACCGUACAUUGAAAUAUCUGCCUAGUUUGCUUUUUUAGCCGUUUCUUUUGUUUUUUAAAACCAAUUUCCAUUUUUCAAGAAAUAUACCUAGUAUUUUUAAUUAAAUAAAGUUUUUGUUCUCACUAAGACAUCGUACUUUGUAAAAUUUACCUAGUUAGUAAUUAUAGUGUUUUACUUUCAUUUUUUUAUUUUGACAUUAUAUAUUUUUCUUUUUUUAAAGUAUAAUGCUCUAAUAAGAAUUAAAAGUACAACGCUACGGUAAUAACAGAGUUUCCUGUUCCAAUAGAACUCCUUGAAUUUUGAUACUGUCAUCUUCCUCAACCCCUCUCCCAGAUCCUGGCCAUUGUAUUUGCGAUUUAGCAAUUUGAUCGAGACCGACCUUAACUAAGAUUGAUUAAGAAUUUGAUUACUAAGAACGAUUUUGUUUUGUGCAUUUGAACUCUACUAUUGAUUCUUCCUCGUCCUUUGAUAUUGCUUCAUUAACUCUCUUUUAUUGGCUGAUUCUUCUUGUUUUUAAGCAGAUAUUCCAUUAACUUAUUCAAAAGCUAUGAUUUCUGUUUGAAAAUCUUCCUUUAAAGCUCUGAUUUCCGAUUGAAUAUUGCCUUCCAAAUCCUCAUCUUGUGUGGCACAUAUCUUGUCAACUCGGGCGAAUGCUCUGCUACGAAUUAUUGUACAUAGCUUUUGACUGAAUGAUUUUAUUAAAAAUGAAAGUAGAACUAAUGAUUUAUAGAAAUGUAAAUGUAGCAUUCGGAGAGACUAGUUCCCUCCUUUGUAUAUGUAACUACUCGCCUCCAUUGUGAGAGUCAAAUCAGGUACUUGGUGGCCUAUUAGGAGGAUAAAGGAACUGACUGAAUACCAAUGGACUCGUCGGAUGAGAGAAACUACCAUUUGGGAAAAAUUGGUCACAUUGUCAUUGCCAAAUCUUUAAUGGCAACAAAAUAAUGCAAGAACAAUGGAGAAAAUAUUGGGAAUGUUUAUAACUGUGGUUGCAAUAUUCUGUCACUUUGUAAAAGAUUAAAACAUUGUUGCAUAAAUUGGUAGAAAAUAAAAUAU